AUGUUCAACGUGCCUCAGCAGCCGAGGAGGACUCUUCCAGCAAACCAGCGAAGCUCCCCUUGGGACACGAGAGACAUGCUGCAGUGGGCCAUGGCCGGUGAGACCCCCACCGACAAAAGCCCUUUGUGGUCACGAGAUCCUGCAGUCGCCCGCGCAGGCCCUGCCACGGAAUGCGACGUGGCGAACAGGCCGGCAGCAAAACGUUCGUUGACGGGAAUCGCAAACAACGGCACUGCCGGCAUGCGGCCAAGAGGUAAAGAAGAGCAAUUCGUUAAAAAAAAAGGCGCUGAACGUCGCUGA